CGUAAUCCCUCGCCUCCUCCCAGCCAUCGGAAGCGCUGGAGGAGAAUGUGCAUACACCAUUCGUGCCCUGGACUCUCCUGGCCUAAAAAGCAGGUAGCUAAGUCACAUGAGGUAUAGGAACGAGGUGUGAAUUACUAGGUGUUUAUCUCAUCUUUGCUACAGGAGAAGCUGCUCCAGUUUCAGCAAUGAAGCAUCCUGCAAAAAACGAGAAGAUUAUUUGGAAUGGCCUGAAUAUUUUAUGGCAGUAGCUUUUUUAUCAGCACAAAGAAGCAAGGAUCCAAGUUCUCAGGUUGGUGCCUGCAUUGUAAAUUCAGAAAACAAGAUUGUUGGAAUUGGAUAUAAUGGGAUGCCUAAUGGCUGCAGCGAUGAUGUACUACCCUGGACAAGAACAGCAGCACACAGGCUAGACACAAAAUAUCCUUAUGUGUGCCAUGCCGAAUUGAAUGCCAUCAUGAACAAAAACUCAGCUGAUGUGAAAGGCUGCAGCAUGUAUGUUGCCUUAUUUCCAUGCAAUGAAUGUGCAAAACUCAUCAUCCAGGCAGGCAUAAAGGAAGUUAUUUUUAUGUCUGACAAAUAUCAUGACACUGUGGAAAUGACAGCUGCACGGCGGAUGUUUGAUUUAGCAGGUGUUAUCUACAGGGAAUUCAAGCCAAAGUGUAACAAGAUCAUCAUUGACUUUGAUUCAAUUAAUGGCAGACCAAAUCAAAAGCUUCUGUGAAUUAAGUCUCAUUAAGUCUCUAGAAGAGUGUGAUUAUCCUUUUCUAAAAAGCUGCUAAUGCCUUUCAUCUUGAAGUUACUUGCAACUUUUUAAUGGCUUCUGUAGCUGAAGUAGACUUCUAAGAAAUCCAAGGCAUAAAAUGUCCCCCUCACUUCAUCUUGUCAUGUGAAAUCUAAAUCUCUUUACAUUUUUUUUAAGGCCUUUAUCAAAACUGCUCAAAAAGUCUAGAGACAUGUUGAUGAGACAAUAUAAUGUAUGUAAAGAAAACUGUUCUGAUUCUUGCUGUAUGCAUCACCACAUGCUCUGAUAGGCUGUCAGCAUUGAUUUAGACUCAGCUUAACAGCAGUACUUAUUGUAACUGGUAGUACAUUGGAAUACACUAAUAUCUGUUGAUCUCUCUGUUGGACGUGGGGAUCUAAAUACUUGAUCCUAAUAAAGGACAAAAAAAUGUUAUCCAUGCAAAUACUAAUCUUGCAAUUAGCACAACACUAAUAUUUAAAAAGUGAUACAGCUUUAAGAAUGUGUGAUACUCUGCAUGAUCGUUGGAUAACGAUCCAACAAAUCCUCAUUUUCCUUUUAAGUGCUGUCUAACACUGUCAUACAUGGGGACGGAUGAGAGAGGGAGUUCUGGGAAUGGUCCAUACUGGACCAAGCUUUGCAGGUGCUUUCAGGUCCUUGUUUUCCCCAAGACUCCAGAAUUGAAAGGGGUUCAGGGAGUAAAUUAUUUGUCUCUGUAUGUUUGGGACUCUUACUUGGAGUUUGUUUCCAUGUGUAGAAGGAAAUCAUUUCAUUGGUCUAAGAUGUUUCUAGAUGGUCCCAGCAUAGCUCAGUCUUAUAAUCAACUUGUAAGGUAACUGAAUAUUUUUUUUGUCCUUUGAGAGAAAUUGGAGAUAGUCAGCCCAUAUCCAUAUCCAUGCCAAAAGAGGUAAUUAUGGUGUUAGCCUGUUUCCCAGUGCUGGCAUAGUACCUUCAUUUUCAUAAAUGCUGCCUAAAAUAAUAUCCUUUUUAAUUUUGUCUUGAGAUCUGGGAAUAGAUUUGAGUUCCUUUUCUCUAAUUUGAUUUUUUCAAAUUAAAUAUUCCUAAUGGCUUUAUUUGGAUAACACUGGUGUUUGGGUUUUUUCCGUGUUUUGUUUUUUUUCUGGGGUUUUUUGGGGAGAGGGUGGGCAGGUUGAUUUUAAACGUGGUUAUACUUCAGUGAGCUUUUAUUUUUCUCUAGAAAAGCUUUGUUUCAUAUUUUGGGACAUUAUGUAAUUUGGCUUCAUACCAAUAUUAUUAAAGUCUUAUUAAAAUCCACUACAUUGAAGUAGACUCAUUAUUAUAAUAUUAAGCCAUGUGCUUGGCUCCAGAGUGCUGCUGUUUUUGCAAUCAUAUGCAAAGCAUAUUUUGUGCAUUGUGAUAUUGCAUAAAGUGAAGUGUUAUGAACCAUUUCGCUACUAAAGGGAGCACUGUAACAUAUUAUAAGAUGUGUCCAUUUAUAAAGUAGUUUCUGACUUUCUCUUUUUUUCUUGCAAGUGUUUUCCACCUCAAAGUCAGUUUGUGGCUUACUGCCAGAAGAAAUUUGCACAUAUGUGGAGGGGGAGGGUGAAACCUGAAAAAUUACUUUAAUAAAUUGUCACUAAAACAG